AUGGACGAACUUUUGGGAGCUAUAUAGCAAAGAAAAGCCAAAAUAAAUGAGAUUCAAGAAGCUAUUUAUUAGAUCAAGGGUAAUUAACAACAAGAGAGAUUGACUGUCUACUCGAUGGUAAGGAAGUUGAAGGAAGAGGAGAAAAUAAGGGCGGAGAAAGAGAAUUGGAUCAUAGGAGUGAUUCGGAACACAAAAUCAUAUAACGAAGAAUAAAUGUGUCACAUCUAUGUCAAGACAAACGAAAUGAUGAAAGCGAUCAGCCAAUCAAUUUUUAGAAAUCCCCUACGCCCCUACAUGUAAUUUGUACUAAUACUUGGAAAAUUAUUACAUCCUUCAUUCUAGUUUUCAGAAGCAUCUCAAUCAGGAGUCCCAAUUGAAGGUGCAAUUCAAGCAGGCUGUCAGAGCUGGAAACAUCUCAUUAGAACUUCUCGCAAACAAUACAAAGACUUUGUAGACGAAUUGAGCAAUCAAGUUAAAAAAGAACCAUCUCCUUAGAAGGUUAGACUCGAAAAUCAACGCAUUCGAUCUUCAACACAAAAGAUUGAGGAAGUCAAAUUAGUUGAAAAACCACUUACAACUACUAUGAUCAGUAGAGUUGACAGAAUUAAACGAAAACAGAUGACUAUUUCCAAAAUACAAAGUUCAUGCGAUCUCUCUCCAACCACUGAGACUCCUUCUUUAUAUCUCAGGAACAAAUUCAGGGAAGUUGAAAAAACUCCAUUCACUUCUAUGUUUGCAAACAUCCAUUCUGCCAUUGAUGAUCUGGAUGAACUUAAUAUGUAGGUCUGUGAUUACCAAACAGUGAAGAGACAAACUCAAAAUUAUGAGGAGUUUAAGACCAAUUAUGAUGCUCUUUGCGAUAAGAUUCGAUUGAGAAACAAUCUUAUUCAAUAGAGUGUUUUUGAUUACACCAAUUAUGCUUUGAAAAGGGUCUAAAAUGUUGAAAUCGAAUAUCCAAAUCUCAUCAAAGAAAAAUAUACUACUUUGCAGAACAAUCAGGAUUAUCAUUUUUGUAACAUUCAAUUGAAACCCAUUUUCGACAGUCUAUGUCCUUGCAUGCAAAAACAAACUAUUCAACACAAACCUUCACCCAUUAAAAACAAGGUGAUCAUCAGAAAGUCAGUCCAAUAGAUUAAAAAGUAGGUAAAUAAUGUAUAUAAGUAGUCUGAUUAACUAUCCAAAAAAGAAUAGAUUGACAUGAGCAAACAUAACAAUAGUCCCAGUAACAAUGGAAAGUCUAAACAGUAGAUGCCACCAAUUAGGUUUUACAAAGAGACCCAACUGAUUAAGCCUCAUCCAAGGGCAUUAUCAGCCAAUAAUCAACAACAACCUGUCAAAUACUUGACUUGCUCAAGUUUUAUUGAGAAUCCUAUUGCAAUCAAAACUAAUCUCUUAGUUCGCAGCACUUAUGAAUGA